CAAUAGUGUCCUUCCCAGCGCCAGGUUCGAAAUUUCACACGCUAAAAAAUGAUCGAUUUUGGUGACUUGAAAACUCCUUCGGCCCUGAAGAAGCUAGAUGAUUAUCUGCUUACCAGAAGUUAUAUAUCAGGGUUCCAACCUACUCAAGCGGAUGUCUCAACGUUCAUAGCCCUUGAGAAGUCACCGUCACCAAAUUUUGGCAAUAUUCUACGCUGGUACAAACAUAUUGACUCUUUUGGUGCGGAACGAAAAUCGUUUCCUGCUCCACAGGAAUCCGCUAAUCCUCAACCAGCCAAAUGUGCCUCGCCUGCCGCAAGUGACGAGUUCGAUUUAUUCGGCUCUGAUAAUGAUGAAGAGUAUGAAAAACUAAGAAGUGAGCGCCAGGCUGCCUACGAAGAGAAAAAAGCAAAAAAGGUUAUUCCUGCAGCGAAGUCUAUGGUUGUCUUUGAUAUAAAACCAUGGGGCGACGAAACUGAUAUGGCGGAGAUGGAAAAAGCUGUCCGUAGUAUUGAAGUCGAUGGGUUGUUAUGGGGUUCAUCCAAACUUGUCCCCUUGGCUUAUGGAAUUAAGAAACUUCAAAUUGCAUGUGUUAUUGAAGAUGAUAAGGUAUGCAAUCUCAGUCAGUUGUUUGUCAAAAGCAUUUAUUUGAUCAAUAAGUUAAAUUAAAAUUCUACUCUCAGAAUCCUUGAGUCUCUAAACUAGAAUAUUGCUGAUGUCUUUUUCAGGUCGGGACUGAUAUGUUAGAA